CUAUCUCAUCAUCUCAACCUUUUGCUAUUAUAUAAAUGUAGUCAGGGUGGAGGGUUAUCUCAAGCUCCUUGAGUGCCAAAGAGCUUCAAUCCAAGAAUGGCAAUCAUCACUGAUCAUCACACCUUGGCUUUUGCUUUUGGUCUUCUAGGUAAUAUUGUGGCAUUCAUGGUGUAUCUGGCCCCAUUGCCAACCUUUUAUCGCGUCUAUAAGGAGAAAUCAACAGGAGGCUUUCAGUCAAUACCUUACCUGGUAGCACUUUUUAGUGCAAUGUUAUGGUUGUAUUAUGCCUUCCUCAAGCCUAAUGGGUUUAUGCUCAUCACCAUCAACAGCAUAGGAUGUGCAACAGAAACCAUUUACAUAAUAAUGUACCUAAUAUAUGCACCUAGAAAGGCAAAGAUCUCCACUAUGAAGCUGCUCCUAUUGUUAAACAUGGUAGUGUUUGGAUUGAUCCUAACUUUCACAAUCAUAUUUGCUCAUGGAUCCCUAAGGAUUGCCAUCGUCGGUUGGAUCUGUGCUGGAUUCAAUGUCUGCGUUUUUGCUGCUCCUCUUAGUAUCAUUAGGCUAGUGAUAAGAACAAAGAGCGUUGAAUAUAUGCCAUUCACAUUAGCCUUCUUUCUCACACUCUGUGCAGUCAUGUGGUUCUUCUAUGGACUAUUAGUGAAAGAUUUCUUCAUAGCUUUACCAAACGUUCUGGGAUUCACAUUUGGAAUUGCUCAAAUGAUCCUUUACAUGAUCUACAAGGACGCGAAGAAAGGCGAUGUAACGAAGAUUAAGGCAGAGGAAUUGGAUCCCAAGACUUACCCAAGUGAGGAUCAAGUUACACCAAUGGAGAUUGACACAGGCCCAGGCAUUCAAGAAAAAUACUUUCAGCCAAGUGACUUAAUUGUGUGAGAGAGAGAGAGAGAGAACUGAUUUUUGAGGUGCUUGACAUAUGGAGUUGUGAUGGAGGGUAUCAGGGGAGAGUAAUAUUCUGUUACUGUUAUACCAUUACUCCUCAGACUCUGUACAGCUUCUUCUUCACCAUUACUUGUUCUUUCCUGCAAUAACUGUUUGUACAUUUCAUAUAUGGAAGAGAACAGCUAUAUAUCUAUAUAUAUAGUUUUGGGCCAUGGUUUUAGCUUCAAAGAAUAAAAUUUUAUUUAUGGAA